UUGCAUUUUGGGGAGGCAGGGAGAGGCCGAGCCUCCCGUCCAAUGGGCGGCGGAGGAGGCCUCCGCAACGGGCCAAUCAGGGUGGUGCGUAGAUGGUGUCCAAUCAGCAGACGCAGCUGCCGGCUUUAUAAACUUCACAUAGUCAUUUGGAGGCUAUACUCUGACUGUGAAAGAAGGAAGCUAGCUAGCACCAUGGCCAGAACCAAGCAAACCGCUCGCAAAUCCACCGGUGGCAAAGCACCCAGGAAGCAGCUCGCCACCAAGGCUGCGCGCAAGAGCGCCCCGGCCACCGGCGGCGUGAAGAAGCCUCACCGUUACAGGCCCGGCACCUUGGCUCUGCGAGAGAUCCGUCGUUACCAGAAGUCCACUGAGCUGCUGAUCCGCAAACUGCCCUUCCAGCGCCUGGUGAGAGAAAUUGCCCAGGACUUCAAGACCGACCUGCGCUUCCAGAGUUCCGCCGUGAUGGCCCUGCAGGAGGCUAGCGAGGCUUACCUGGUCGGCCUGUUCGAGGACACCAAUCUGUGCGCCAUCCACGCCAAGAGGGUGACCAUCAUGCCCAAGGACAUCCAGCUGGCCCGUCGUAUUCGCGGAGAGCGCGCUUAAACGAUGAGUUGAUUACCAAC